GUGGAAGACAUGUACUAAUUAAUCUCUUGAAUGAUCUUAGCAUAAAUUAAUUUGGCAAAUCAAUAGUGGUUUUUAAUAAUUCUUGCGAAUUUGACAAGUUACUAUUAGUUAAUUAGUCCUUUAAGACAUGGUAACGUUUUGACCGAAGCCUCAGCUUCCCGCUAUAUCAAAAAAUGCUCAUAAAUGUUUCCAUGUUAGUGUAUAAACAUUCCAUAUAUGUCACCAGCCGUUUAUUUUAAGAAAGAAUCAAGGAUCAUAAUCAACUACAUCCCCGGCGGUAAAUCAGAUUGACUAGAAAUUUGACUGUGAUUAGCGAUCAGUUAACUUUCGGUAGUGGAAUCCUUAAAUCAGCUGUCUUAAUUUUUCAUCACUCCCAUGCAUGCAAAUUGCAAUCUGUAAGGUAAGGAGGGAUGGAUUGCUAUCAUUGAGGGAGAGAUCGCCCUUUAUUCUCCAACUUAUUACCAAUUCAGAACGUCCCUCGUUUUGUAUAUAAAUACAUGCAAAAUCCCUUCUCCAUGUCAUUACAAUCCUCUCGGUUCAUAGUCUUGUCAAACACCAAUGUCUAGCAAGAACUUUUUGUCAUGGCACUACCUGAUCUCUCUGGUACUGCUGCUUUGGACCUCCGAGGUUGUUGCUAUCGCUCCCGGCAACACGACGUAUCCGGCGCUGUUCGCGUUCGGGGACUCAAUCCUCGACACGGGCAAUAAUAAUAACCUCAGGACGCUGAGCAAGUGCAAUUACCCCCCUUACGGCAGGGAUUUUCCCGGAGCGAUACCCACUGGCCGAUUCGGCGAUGGGAAAGUCCUCUCGGACGUGAUAACGGAAGGGCUAGGAAUCAAAGAGCUAUUACCAGCAUAUUUGGAUCCUAAUCUACAGGACAAGGAUCUUCCGACAGGCGUUUGCUUUGCUUCGGGCGGCUCAGGCUUAGAUCCGCUAACCGCUGGGUCACAGGGCGUAUUGACCAUGGGAGAUCAACUGAAGCGCUUCAACGAGUACGUGGGGAAGCUGAAUGCGGUUGCCGGAGCUGAAAAUGCCACCGCCAUACUCAACAGCAGCCUUUAUCUGAUGUCUGCAGGCAACAACGACAUUGCCUACACCUAUUUAUCCGCCCGCCUUAGUCCUAUGCCCUUCCCUGCGUACGCCGAUUUCUUGGUUAACUCCACUUCAACUUUCAUCAGGGACUUAUAUGCACUUGGUGGGCGUAAAUUUGCGCUCCUGGGCGCUUUACCAUUGGGAUGCUUGCCAUCAGGUAGAGCUUCGGCAGGGAGCAUUCUGUGCUCGGUGUUGGCCAACGAAUAUGCACAAUUGUUCAACACUAAACUCUCCUCCAUGUCGAGUUCGCUCAGCAGUGAACUUGCGGAUUCCCGGAUAGUCUACAUCGACGUCUAUGAGCCUCUCCUCAAUCUGAUACAAAACCCUAAUCAAUUUGGUUUUCGAGUUGCUAACAUAGGAUGCUGUCGCGUGCAAACGUUGCUAUGCGAUCCGCUGAAUCCAAUCACUUGUCUGGACAUACCGGAUUAUGUUUUCUGGGACGCCGCUCAUCCUUCUGAGAAAGCCUACCGCACUCUCGCUCCCGCUAUUGUCCAGGCGUGUUCAAACAUGUAGUGCGGCAACUCCACGAGCUGAUUAUUGUGAUAUUGUGUGAAGUCGCACCCUUCAUGUCUACCAUACAAAGAAUCAUUUGUCUCUUGGUUUAGUGCUGGUGAUAGUACUUGAUGGAUGUUUUGCGAGUCAUAGCCAUCUGAAUCAUAUACGUGCGUUAGGAGUAUAACAUUGCGCGUGAAGUUAUUUUCAAAAAUGCUGUCUUAGUUUGUUAUGCAUUAUACAAUAAAGCUGGCCAUUAUCUCUCA